CGAACUACAUGUUUCUAGUCGGACAUUUCCAAUAGACCUUCCAGAACCAGAAGCCGGAAGUAGCGCAGUUUAAACUCACGUGUGCAACAUGAAAAAUCUUAAAAAACACAACAAUAAUGCCAAAACUGGUAAAUUUAAGCCCGGAUCCAAGAAAAGAGAGAACAAAUGCAUCGUGUCGUUUGACGCCAACGACAGACAAGACUAUCUAACGGGUUUCCAUAAACGUAAAGUGGAAAGGAGAAAGGUAGCCGUGGCAGAAAUCAAAAAGAAAAUCAAGGAGGAGCAGAGCAGAGUCCGAGAAGAAAGGCAUAAGGAAUACCUAAGGCUGCUGAAGGAGAGGACAGAUGCUCUCGAGGAGUGCGAGGAGGAUGAUCUCGAAGAUGUGAUUACCGCGACAACCGAGUCUGUGCAGUACGAUCACCCCAACCACACCGUCACCGUGACAACCAUCAGUGAUCUUGACCUCUCAGGAGCUCACCUGCUCGGACCCGCAGAAACGGAGGGUGACGAGGAGGGCAAGGAGGGGGGCAAGGAGGAGGGCAAGAAGGAGGGCAAGGAGGAAGACGAGGAAUUGAGGGAGGAAAGAAGACCAUUGCCAAGAAAAUCUGGGAAUCCAAUCAUGAACAAAAAGAUCCGCUCCCUGAAUAAGUCGCUCACCAGGUUCACCGCCAAGAAGCAGAAGAGGAAAGGCCGAGCGACAGAGAAGAAGAGCGGCUCGUCGGAGGGUAAAAAGAAGGUUACAAAAAGAGGCAAGUGGCAGAGACGGAGACUGACCGGGAAAAAGCUGCACCAUCCAAAUGAGUGAAAGGGUUGGAACUGGUGGAGAGACUUCUUGUGUCAGGAUCCCGUAGAGAAAGAAAAUGGACUUUGAAGUAUUCAAGCUCCUGUGUUCGAGCAGGAUGUGUAUAUUCUGCAAAAUGUGGAAACAGAAGCCAAUGUGGACGCCCACUGUGGGACAAGUUCGUUCUGACCCGCCUCUUGAAAUCCUGUGCAAAAACUGUUUUUGUAGUGUCAUUUCUUUAACGUUUACUGUAUUUACCUGCAUUUUCUCUAAUAAAAGACUGCUAACAAGUGACCUUGUGAUGCACAAACUGUCA